GAGCGUGUUAGCUACAUCUCUCAACCUAUAACUGAUUUGAUUGAUUACAACAGUACACUACCCUAGCGUGUUAUGGGUCAGACACUUAGUGACCCUGUCCCUCUGGUCUCCCCUAGGGAGCAACCAAAGGAGACCCAUAAACAUAAAAAUAAACCCAAGGAGAAGAGCAUCCCUCCAGCCCUGACCUUUCUUCAGCUGUUUACACUGCUGAGCUGCGUCAGGAUGAAGAAGACACCAUUUGAUCCCUCCCAGAGUGGUGAGGGGAGAAAGGCAACAACGAUACACGAUACGAACAACAAUAAUGACUCUGAUACUGGCUCUGACUAUUCUGCAGGUGAUGUGAAAAGGAUCAAGGACAAGAGUAAAGGAAAGGUUCGGAAAGAGAAAGUUUGGAUUGAAGUUCAGAAAUCUCAGGACCACAAACGCAGAACGACACCGGAAACAGAAAAAGACAUUAAACAAAGAUCUAACUCGGUCUCCCCUGUGGAGAAAGCAAAGGAGACCCAGCAGAAAGAGAAGAAGCAGAGCAUCUAUCCAGCUGUGGCGGCCCUGCAGCUGUUCACUCUCUUCUGCUGUGGAGGGAAAGUCAAGCUGAAGAAAACUCGUCCCUCUCAGCACAGACAGAGUAAAAAGGACCAGGACGAAGAUAAUGCAUCUGAUACUGGCUCAGACUGGUCUGGAGGAGAUGUUACAACCAAAAAGGUAAAGGACAAGAGUAAUGGAAAGGUAGGGAGGGAGAAAGACUGGACUGAAGUCCAGCUAUUGAAAUCAUCUCAAGACCACGAACCCAGAAGUACAACACCAGAAACAGACAAGGGAACUAAUUUGGGACAAAGACCAAACUCUGCAAAUCAAAGGACACCCCGGCAAGUGAAGACCCAUGUGGAGAAAAUUUACAUAAGUCCUGACUCUCCGACUCUACCACGUGCCCACGUAAGUUACUGAAACCUGACUUACUAUACGGACAGACAGAGAUUCACACAUCCAGGCAGUUUCCCCUCUGACCUCAACCGCACCCAGAACUCCACUCCUGACAUGGCACUGACCCCUGAGAGCACUAAGGACAUGAUCGCUACUGAUGAGGAUGUGAAGGAUGACUCUGCUGAAGAUUUGAUCUCCACCCUAACAGACACCUCUAUGGAGAAAUCCGUCAGUGAGACCAGCCUGAAAGCCCUCAUCGCUGAGGAUGAGGAAGAUAACAAUGAGAUGAAGGAUAUGGCUGC